AAAAAGUAUGGUUUCCCAAAACCCCUGAAUCUAUACACUGAUAUAGCCUGCUUCUUCAUUUUAUUGGCCUUCAGACAUUGAGUAACUCACAGUUCCUGUAAGCAACGCUUAAAACUGUGUGCUUUACUUCAGUUUCGCUUCGAUGUUGUACAUAGAAACUCCUCCUAACUGAAAUACGAGACGCUUUUUAACACUUAAAUUUCACCUGUAGCCUACAUCAUUAUCAGCCACAUCCACGUUGAGAAGAAACCUGGAAUCAACUUAUUUAUCCUUUACUUGCUGAAUGUAACAAUUCGGAACACGGCAUUGUCAUCUAACCACAACAAAAACUCUGUGAGACCUUUUCGUAACCUUUUACACGUCGCAGUUCCGGGUAUUUUGUAGGUUGGGAAAGUGACUAUGGAAGCAUGAACGACGCGCUGGAGUUGAAGCCCAUUCAAGUUGUCUAUGACAACAAUAACGUGUCGAGUGACCAAACGAUUGAGUUAUUAACAUUUUGCACAUUCUGCAAGGGGUAUGUAAAUUAUGAGCACAAAGGUGAUUCCAGGGAAUGGUGCUUGCUCAGGCCCCGACAGUUCAGAGAGAAAUGAAGUGUCCCCUUUGCUAUCAACAAGACAGGUCGCUGAGAACAAUGGGGAACAGCGCCUCCAGGUGGAUGAAGGCGUCGAUACUGACUCCCUAAGUCAACCCAAGUGGCGGAGGGAGCUGCGGAGGGUCAAGAGAGAACUGAAUGAAGUGGUGGUGUGGAAACUCAAACUACGGACAGUGAUACUUAUCGUCUUUAUUGCCAUUGCUCUGGUUAUUGGGAUCUCAAUCAUUGUGUGCGCAGUUGGUCAUGAUGAUGAGGAUGAAAAAUAUGACAAAUCAUCAUUUGUGGUGCCGCGCUUCUUCAAAGGGAAUUUCACUCUGGACGCUAAAAGUUUCCAUUCAGACACUCAGGACGAAAAGACUAUAAUAGAGCUGACACAGCAGCUGACAGGAGUCUACAAUUCUUCUCCUGCAUUGGAGCGGUACUUCUCCAGUGUCACCAUAAACAAUCUUCAGAAUACUACAGGCCAGUUCAAGCUCAAGUUCAUGAUGCCUUUAGAACAUGACGAGUUGAUACGCUACACUUUGAGUCUAAAGAUGGUCAAAAAUGUGCUGCUCCAACACUUGUAUGAUCGAGACACGGGAGACUCUUUCUAUAUCAAACCAACAUCACUCCACAUGGAAGCUGGAUAAAUAAGCAAAACUUGAAUUACAAGAUGGAUGUUUUAAAUUGAACCACGUCCCUUCAUCAGAAAACAAAACAUUCCAAACAUCACAUUAUUUCAUUUGACUGCCUUCCCCACUCUUUAACAGAUCUCUAAAUAAUAAUAAUAAUAACCCACCAUUAAUAAUUAACUCAGUCUUUAUGGGUUCACUUAAAAAAAUCCAGUGAUCAUACAGUAUGUUUUACAAACUUUAUAUAAAAAUUGUAGAUAUUUAACACUUUCAAAACACUUAAUGGAAAACAGUAGAGUAAAACAGAUUUUGCAUUAGUAAUAAUAAUAAUAUAUUUUAGAAUAGAUAGAUGUAGCCUACUGUUAAGAAAUAUGGAGGUUUACAUUUGUCACAAUUUGAGUCUCAAAAGAUUAUCGAAACACUGAAUAUGGAACUUCCAAACCUGUUCUGUUGUUAUGGUGUUAACUUCCAUGUUGCUCCAGGAUGAAUUUCUAUAAUAAUACUAUAAGUGUACUUUACUUUUAUUGAUCUCCAUUGGACCAUUUUUAAGCACUGUGGAGCAAUUCUUUGUAGGUGUGUGAAAUUUUUUUAAAUGCUUUUUUUAAAUAAAAAAAUGUGCUUUAAAAAA